CUCCCCUAAUCGCUCUCUCAUUCAAUAGAUAAUUGGGCUACGAGCCGAGACGGGGGUGAGCAUAGGGCAGCAUCACCUCUUCCGAAUCGGGGGUGAGUUCGGUACAGUUUUCACUUAUCUUGGCAAACGGGCCCCUCUGUUCUGGUUCUCAAGCCCAAACCCUCGUAGCACUUCGAUCCAUGUCUGGCCCCGCGCCCUGGUCGUAAGGGCUUCGUUCCCUCCAUGUCGGAUGCGCGGGAUACAGCCUCGCAAUAGAGUCGGUCACCAGUCCCUUAAUUCCCUUAAUAUCACUUCCUAUUUCCCUCAAUGUGAACUGCCAUCGGGGUCGGCCCCUAUCGAACUCGAGACCUUUGCGCCGCUCCCUGCUGCUCCUCCGGUCGACCUCGAGACAUCUGACCCCCAGCAGCCCUACCUGUCAUCGAAGCGAGAAAAGUCCGCACGACGCUUCAAAAAGAGGCUUGAAAAACUUGAAGAACUCGCUUGGCGAGAAGAGAUGAAGUUCUCUCACAGUAUCCAGUUCAACGCUGUUCCAGACUGGAGCAGCAACUAUAUCUCCUACAGCAACCUCAAAAAGCUCAUCUAUACCCUCGAGAAACAGAUCAACCAUACUCAAGGUGAGGGCCAGGCACAAGAUGAGGAAAACACUGCCCUUCUGGGCGGAUCCCUCGAUCCCGAUACUACGUUCAAGCGCAUGCUCGACCAGGAACUGGACAAAGUGUGCUCGUUCUACCGGUUGAAGGAACUCGAGAUUUUCGGUGAACUUGAACAGUUUUUGAAAGAUGUGGAAGACUAUGAGGCCGAAGCGGAGAAUGUUGACAUGGAUGAUGUCGUCGAGGUGGAGAACCGGCGUAGAGCUACCAGGUCGCAAAGUAUCUUCAACAUGCCGUUUCGGCGAAAGAGGAGGACAUCCACCAUGAGCGUGAGCUUUGAAGAGCCAGAGCUGGAGGACGAUAGCGAUAGCGACGCUGAAGACCAUGCAGCAUCAGCCAUGCUCAAGAAAAGACCUCAAACCAAACCCAGGAGUAAGAGCGCAUUUCCAACAGGACCCGACGCUACGAGAUCUGCCGACUCCAGAGAGGAUCUUAGGGCGCCGGACAGUUCCCCUUCGUUCCUGAGAAGGAGGCCAAGUUUGGCUCUUGAAAUGGAAGCCAACGAGCCUGGCCAGGUGUCAGCGCUGUACGAUACGGGAAUCAACCUGAAGAAGAGGGCCAUCGGUCUAUAUGUCUCACUGUGUGAGCUGAAAUCCUUCAUCCAGCUCAACCAAACCGGAUUCAAGAAGGCCACCAAAAAGUACGACAAGGUAUGCAACCGCAACAUCCGAAAAGACUACAUGGAAAAAGUGGUCAAUCCAUCGUAUCCGUUCCAAGAAUCGACCAUAGCCCAUCUCGACGAGAACAUUGCAAAGGUGGAAAAGGUCUACGCCGACAUCGUGACCAAGGGAGAUCAGGACUUGGCCCGGAGAGAACUUCGACUCCAUUUGCGCGAGCAUGUCGUGUGGGAGAGGAACACCGUCUGGCGAGAAAUGAUCGGCAUCGAGCGCAAAGCCCAGGCCGCAAACCUGGGCAUCCGACAGACGCUCCUGGGAGGAGCCCAGGAUCCUUCGCAGGUACGGCUGCAGGGCGAUCGAGACGCCAUCGAGACGAAGGAGAUUGUGACGCCCGUUGGUCGAUACCGGUGUCCAAAGUGGCUGUUCAGCUCGACCUUUUUGACCCUGAUUGUCAUCCUGGCCAUCUUUUUGGUCCUGUUGUUCGUCCCUCUUAUGAAGAAACCAGAGCAACAGAACUGCCUGGCCAUGUUGAUCUUCGUCUCACUACUCUGGGCCACAGAGGUGAUUCCUCUGUUUGUCACGUCAUUGUUGAUUCCUUUUCUGGUGGUGGUCCUCCGCAUCAUGCGAUCCGACGACAAGCCUCAUGUGCGUCUGGACUCGAAAACAGCCACCAAAGCCGUCUUUGCCGCCAUGUGGACCCCAGUCAUCAUGCUGUUGUUGGGCGGCUUUACCAUUGCGGCGGCACUAUCCAAGUACCACAUUGCCAAAAUGAUGGCCACUUUUGUGCUCAGCAAGGCCGGCACCAAAGCCAGGACGGUUUUGAUCACCAACAUGUUUGUGGGCAUGUUUCUGAGCAUGUGGAUCUCCAACGUCGCUGCGCCCGUGCUGUGCUUUAGUAUCAUCCAGCCGAUGCUCCGGAACCUGCCCGCAGACAGCAACAUGUCCAAAGCUUUGAUCUUGGGCAUUGCAUUGGCAUCGAACAUCGGGGGUGCUGCAUCGCCAAUUGCCUCGCCACAAAACAUCAUCGCGUUGCAAAACAUGAAGCCCAGCCCCAGCUGGGGCGUGUGGUUCUUUGUGGCUCUUCCAGUGUGCAUCAUCAGCAUUGUCCUCAUCUGGCUGUUGCUUCUCGUCUCCUUCAAGCCCGGGCGUGGCACGACCAUUGUCCCCAUUCGCCCGAUGAAGGAUCGACUCAACGGAGUGCAAUAUUUUAUAAUCUUUGUCACCUUGGUGACCAUUGUGCUCUGGUGUACGUCACACCAGUUGGAGGGCAUCUUUGGCGACAUGGGCGUCAUUGCCAUCAUCCCCAUGGUCUUGUUUUUCGGUACUGGGAUCUUGACCAAAGAAGACUUCAACAAUUUUCUAUGGACCAUCAUCAUCCUCGCUGCCGGAGGCCUGAGUCUCGGUCGUGCCGUGUCCUCUUCGGGACUGUUGCAUACCAUCGCCAAACAGAUUACCGAUAACGUUUCCGAUCUGUCCGUGUAUGGUGUGUUGGUGGUUUUUGCGGCGUUGGUGCUCGUCGUGGCCACCUUCAUCUCGCAUACUGUCGCCGCGUUGAUCAUCCUGCCGCUGGUGCAGCAGGUCGGCGCGAAUAUGAAGGAGCCUCAUCCGAAUUUGUUGGUCAUGGGCAGUGCUUUGAUGUGUUCGGCUGCUAUGGGGUUGCCUACCUCUGGAUUUCCCAACAUGACUGCAAUCAUGAUGGAAGUCCCCGAGACCGGCGUCCGCUAUCUCCAGGUCAAACACUUUUUGACGCGCGGCAUCCCUUCGUCUGUUCUUACCUUUGCUGUUGUCGUGACCGUGGGAUACGGCUUGAUGGUUGCCACGGGGUUAUAAGAUUGUUAGUUAGGUAUGCAGUGGGACUGGGCAGGACUAGGAUAGCCUAUGCACGCCUGCUUCGACUUGACCAUCGAAGGCCCGCUUGCAUUUUUACUGGUGUCUAUUAUUUUCUUCCUUAUGUCUGUGCUAUGUUUGUCCUACCUAUUCGAGAGAUUACACCAUACUGGAAUAGGGUGGUGUAACUUAGGGUACCUUGUCUAUGGGUGUUCAAGCGGGUUAUCUUUAUCAGAUUUCGUUAAGAGUCGGCCAAGAUAUAUAAUACAUGAUAUGAUAUGAUAUUCGUGUCAAUAUAUGAUAUAUCAAAGGUCACUCACUGGUUGGGUUUGGGUUUUGGAUCUGGAUCCGUAAUUGUAGAAACAGGUUGGAGUUGGAGUUGAUUUUCUGCAUUCUCUUCCCACUGCGUAC